ACCGCCGGAUUUUGCAAUCCCAUCGGCCGGCAGAGCGCGACGGCGGCAGCUCGGCCACCGCCGCGGCAUCGCCGCCAUGCCGCACUCACUCUCCCUCCUGCUCGCGCCCAGCCGCGCGCUCUCCCUCUCCUCCCCACCGCUCCGCCUCGCCCCAACGCACCCACCACUUCGCCUGCACCACGACGGCGGCCACCUCCUCGUGGGCACGACGAGGCGGCAGGCUCCCUCGCCUCGCCGCCGCCGUCUCCAUGCCGCCAGGGCUUCCGCGCCGUCCGCCGCCGCGGCGUCCCCCGUAGGGCCUGCGGGCGAGGGUGGCGAGGUGGGGGGCAGGGCGAGGAAGGCGGCGGGGUACCGGAACAGGUUCCUGGACCUGGCGCGGCUGGGGGCCGUGGCGGAGAGCGCGGCGGAGGCGCUCUUCCGCAGCGAGAUUCGCCGGCGGCUGGCCGUCACGGCCGUGCUCAUCCUGCUCAGCCGCGUCGGCUACUUCGUCCCGCUUCCCGGGUUCGACCGACGGCUCAUCCCCGAUUCCUACCUCAGCUUUGCACCCCUUCCUGCAGAUGACCUCGGUGAUUUUUCAUCCGAAUUGAAGCUGUCAUUUUUCCAGCUCGGAAUCAGUCAUCAGAUUUCAGCAUCUAUUGUCAUGCAGGUUCUCUGUCAUGUUCUUCCAUCACUUGAAAAACUACGAAAGGAAGGGUUAGAUGGACAUGAGAAGAUCAAAGGCUAUAUUUGGUGGCUGUCGCUGGGUUUUGCACUUGUGGCGGCUUUUACAGUGUCAUGCUACUCACUGCAAUAUUCUAUAUAUGCUGCAAGUUACAGAGUUAAGCAUGUAAUGAUAACAAGCCUUUUCCUUGUUCUUGGUGCAAUGACAAUGACAUGGAUCUGUGACACUAUAUCGGAAUCUGGAUUUGGACAUGGCUCUUCCUUGAUUAUCUGUGUGGGAAUAUUGACUGGUUAUACAGACACACUCCACAAGAUGUUAACUCAAUUUUCAGGAAAUUGGUACAGCUGUUGGCCCUACAUCUUGGGGAUAGCUGGGACUUUUAUUUUGGUUACCAUGGGAGCAGUACUGGUGACUGAAGGGUGUAGGAAGAUAAAGCUUCAGUACUAUGGAUUUAAAUUGGCUUCUGGUGCAAGGAGUGAGAGCUCCCCAGUUACAGAGGUAGAGCCAUAUAUCCCUUUUAACAUAAAUCCAACUGGGAUGCAGCCUUUGCUUACCACCUCAUACUUAUUAGCUUUUCCAAGCAUUAUGGCCAGCAUUUUUGGUACGCAAUUUUGGGAAAGUUUGAAGGAAACGUUGAAUCCAAAGACUUCAGUUGGUGGUGGUCCAUGGGUUUAUUAUUUGACAUAUGCAUUUCUUGUCUUCGUCUUCAAUAUUUUUGACAUUGCAAACUUGCCAAAAGAGAUAUCUGACUACCUGAAUAAAAUGAGUGCUAGAGUACCGAAGAUAAAGCCUGGAAGAGCAACAGUAGAGUAUCUUACAAAAAUACAAACAUCUACACGUUUCUGGGGGGGUAUAUUGCUGAGCUUGUUGGCGACUUCCUCUUUAUUACUUGACCGAUAUCUCAGGCAGAUAAAUGAGGGAUUUUCUAUAGGUUUCACGUCGGUGUUGAUUAUUAUGAUUGUUCAGGUGGGCUCAAUCAUCGAGCUGAGAAGGUCUUAUCAAGCAUACAAUGUGAUGCCAGCACUAAGCAAAGUUCUAAGGAGAUAUGGUGCCUGAGGUUAUGUACGCCACAUAUUUGGUUAUGAUGGUAUCAUCCACAAGAAGAAGAGGGCCAUUUCAAAAAAACUUCAGAGUUUACAGGCUUACAGCCGACUAGAUGCUGUGACCUUGAUUAUUGUCAACAACUUGCAGUACGGUGCAGUAAGAAGAGUUCUAUAACCCAGACCAAUAUUGUGCUUGGGUUGGGAUGAGAUUAGUAUAGUUUGAUAUCAAUCUUCUGUGGCAUAAACUGGAACUGAAGAACCAAGGAGGAUAUUUUGUUACUCAUGGCACAGCAACUAUGAAGAGCGUGACCUACGAGGAGCUGUGUAAUUGUGUUGUCUUUGGCCACUUCUGGAAUGGUUGACGGCUUGAUGCAAUGCGAACGAAAAUUUGGAUCCAAUCUCACCCAGCUGUAUAAUUUUCUGAAGAUCAGAUUGCCAAAUUGCUGGCUAGCUGCAUCACGCUUAGUAAAUGGUGCGGUCAGAAGUCAGAACCUGAAGUCUGCAAAAUUGCUGGUUUUGGGUUGAUUGUUGGAACGUUCUACAUCAGAGGCUGGCGGGUUGACCAUCUGGACUUAUCCGUGUAGCACAAUGAAGAUCAGCUGUCGUGCGUUUGCUGACCAGUAGUAUCUCUCUGUAGGCUUAUGUUUUUGUAAAUAUAUGGCUUAUUAACAGUAGAACUUCCACUCCUGUCCUGACUUCUCAAAGGCUGUUCUGUUCACUUUUCCAAAAAGCAGCUUCAUAUUUACAAAAGAUAAAGAAGCACAUUUUUCUUUUAUUGACAAAGAUAUAGCUGAGCUGCAUGCUGAAGAAACAGACGUAUCAUACAGGUCGAGCCUCCAAUGUGACAUUAUUGCGCUCAAUGGCGCGUUGUACCAUUAUCUACUACAGUACAUCAGUACUAAUGUCUUUCAA